AUGACAGCUCCGAACACCCCGCCUCCGGGCUCCGCCUCUGCCUCCGCCUCCGGGCCGGGGCUAUCCGCAACGUUCUCAACUCCGGGUCUGCCACCGGAUUAUGGACUUGAUAUGCAUGGAUAUGUGGCACCCAGUAUCGAAGAGGCUUACCAUAUCCAUUCCAUGCACACUGGUGCUGCUACUGGUCAAUUUGGUAUACUUGCGCCGAUAGCAGUAUCGGUGCCUGUUAUGGAAACACCGGUUGAUGGAAUGCUCAGUGUACAAAAUAAUACUUACCGACAGGAGUUUGGAAGAUCGAAUGGCCACUUGAGCAGUAAGAUUAUUGUUGACCCCCCAGAUCUGGAGAUGUGGCGGAAUAAGCUGUUCAACGUGGACGAGACGAUUGUUCUUACACAAGAAGAGUUCGAGACAUAUUUUCCUCAUGUAGACAACGUCUACUCCCAUCGUUCGACACAGCGUUAUAAGCGCAAGCCUUUCAUCUCACACUACUGGGACUGUCGUAUGAAAGGCCGUCCUCCAGGAACACCCAAAUCCGAUAACCCCAAUAAGAAGAAACGAAAGAGAAAUGCGCGCCAGCGCGAUUUAUGUGAUGUCAAGAUAAAAAUUAGAGAGUAUUUCCCGGGGGCUCGACUGGACCUUGAUAACGUCAGUGGUCUUGACGCAGGUCUAGCAGGCCAGCGAUUGUGGACAAUACAGAGAGUCAAUGGCAAUGGAGGUAAUGGAAAGGGGGACGGCGUGGCUGGGCCACAUAAGCAUACGCUUGAAAGGAGUGACGAGAUAAAGAAGAAUAGUGUGCAGAGGUAUUUGGCAAACCAAGCUGAUCUGAAAAAGGAUAAGGAGAAAGUCCAGGUAAGCCAUAUGCAUAAUGCCAAUUCUGAAGAAAACAAGUUUCUAAUACGGAGCGUCCUUUACAAAAAGGCUCCACUGAAAGCCACAGGAGCUGCACUACUCACAGCUAGAAAACACGCAAAGGAGAGUGAAUUCAUGUUAUACGCGGCAUGUUUCUGGCACGUCGAACUCAUCCUCAAAUACACCCACUUUCCCAUGUAUACUAACCGCAAAAGCCCAUUCUCUCAACGUGUCUGGAUGGCUCUGGAGGCAAAAGGGAUUCCCUACCAGUACUGCGAAACAGAUGCCUUCCGUCACCCGACCCAGCCCCUCCCAGCUAACCCUCAUGGCUGUGUGCCAACCAUAUUACACGGCGACUGGUCAUGUUCGAAUAGUGCUGUCAUAUUAGAAUAUCUUGAAGAUCUCAGCCAAGGAACACCGAUGCUUCCGCUAGACUCAAGACUGAAAGCCCAUUGUCGAUUCUGGAUUGACCAUAUCAACCGUCAUAUCGUCCCGAACUUCUUCAAAGUCCUCCAACGUCAAGACCCGGCUUUUGGAGAUGAAGCAGGAGUUAGCUUACAGGGCAGUAUAGAUGCUCUGGUCGAAGCUGCAGACAAAGAGGUAGUUUAUCCUGAGCUCUCGGGUCCGUAUUUUCUCGGGCGAAGCAUGUCUCUGGUCGAUAUACAUCUAGCACCAUUUGCUCUUCGAUUCUCUAGAGCCCUGAUCCCGGCGAAUAUACCCUCUCCCCCACCUGGAUCACGCUGGGCGCGAUGGCUGGAUGCUAUCGAGGGAGAUAGAAGCGUGCGAGCCACAACUAGCAACCAGGUGCUAUACAGUGAGACACUAGAUGCCUUGAUGAAGCAACAUGGGCGCCAUCAAAUUCAAGAAGCUACGCAUCCAUAG